UUGUGUCUUGACAAUUACAAUGAUCGAAAUUUUAUUCAAUCGACAUUCGCCAAUCUGUGAAUUGUAAUGAUUGAUUUGAUUAAUUUUACUAGAAUCGAGAAUGCAAAUUAGUGUUUUUACGCAGUUUAUUAUAAUUUUCGCUUAAUAUCUGUGUUUUAAGAAUCGUUUAUUUAUAUUAGACUGUAUCCUACAAAUUUAUUAUCAUUGUGGUUUUUUUUAAAUAUAAAUAUAUACAAAAUAUCGUUUGUGAUAGCGGUCUUUAGUCAUCGGUAAUUGCUUGGUUUGCGGUUUUAAAUUGACACGAAUACUACUACACUAUAUAAAGGACAUUCACCAGAGUUCCCAGGAGUGUAUUCUAAAACAUAUUUCUAGUUAAUUCACGAUGUCGGACCAAAUCGAUGAAUACUUUGACGUAGCUCUUAAUUUAGUUAAAUCCGCAGGAAACCUUAUAAUAGAGUUUAGAAAUGGUUGCAAAGCCUAUGAACAGAAAUCCAGUGAUAUCGAUUUAGUCACUGAAGUAGAUAAAAAUGUAGAAAAGACUCUAAUGGAUGGUUUGUCAAAAAACUUUCCUACCCAUAAGUUUAUUGGAGAAGAAACAGUAUCUGAAGGCGGUCAGUGUGUUCUCAGUGACGACCCGACGUGGAUUAUUGACCCCGUAGAUGGCACACUAAACUUCAUUCAUGGUUAUCCCCAAAGCUGUAUUUCUGUUGGUCUAGCUAUUAACAAAGAAUGUGUCGCUGGCAUUAUUUAUAACCCGGUUCUUAACCUAUUAUUUACUGCUAAAAAGGGUAAUGGUGCAUUUUUAAAUAACAAGCCUAUACAUGUAUCACAAACCAAAGAAUUGAGUAAAGCAUUGAUAUCAUUUGAAGCAGGGACUUCUCGUGAUCCUGAAAGAUUGAGAGUUAUGUUUGAAAAUUUUAGAACUCUAGUUGAGAAGGGACAUGGUGUCAGAACAAUAGGCUCUGCUGCUAUGAAUAUGGCAAAUGUGGCUUUAGGAGGGAGUGAUGCCUACUUUGAGUUUGGUAUUCAUGCUUGGGACAUAGCUGCGGGAGAUAUUAUUGUUCGAGAAGCAGGUGGAGUUUCCAUUGAUCCAGCAGGAGGACCUCUAGACCUUUUGUCUCGUAGGGUUUUAUGUGCAGCAACUGCUGAACUUGCUCAAGAGCUAAGCAAGUCUCUACAGCAGUAUUACCCUGAGAGAGAUUAAUCUGGCUGAUACUAUAUUUUAUAUUACAUAAAGAUCUAUUGUAAUGUACAACAUACAUGAUCUGUAUUUAUUCUAAAUGUUUUUGUUGUCUUAUAUUGCUAUGAUAUAACAUGUGAAUAUUUUUUAUACUUUGUCUAAUUUGAUCCAAAAUAUAUAGUAAGUAGAUUUAAAUUAUGUGAAUUGUACUUACACUAAUGAUAAUUUAAGAUAUUUAUGUUACCAAAGGUAUAAAAUAAAAAUACAGUGAUUUAUUGUA